AUGGCCGACAAGGUUAAGGAACUCGUCAACAACAUCACCAAGGGUGACAACUCCGACAAGGAGAAGGAAUUCAGCACUCAGCCCAUCAAGGAGGGUGGUGUCGACCCCAAGUUUGCUGCUCACCAAGCGCACCCCGGCCCUGCCGUCCCCAAGGACUUCAACGCCCAAGAGGAGGGAACUAAGGAGGAGCGCCGAGCCAAGGCGGAGGCUUUGAACAAAUAA